UCACACACACUCUCUCUCUCUCUCUCUCUCUCUCUUCAAAACUCUCUUAACGCAUAUUCACAGAUGGGAGGUGAAUCGUGGUGUUUAAUGGUACAAACCUGCUUUUUGGAGAGAAAGAGAACCUGAUGCCCUUUUGAUGUGUGAGUGGGUGGUGCUGUUUUCUCACUAUUCUCUCUCUCUCUCUUCUUCCCUUUCUCUUUUGUUGCUUGUUAGUCUCUACAAAGACUUCAUUUUUUUUCUCAUUUCCAGUCCAAACCAACCCAGAAAAAAAAGAGCUUCAAAACCAAUACCAUCAUCUGCUCAGCGGUUUCCUUGAUCUGUGGCUGCUGAUAUGGAUGAAGAUUCUAGUGGGCUUGUUUGAUUUUUCUGCAGCUGCUGCUUUCUGAUAGUGUGUGGUGGUGGUGGUGCAUAGAGUAAAGAGUAAGAGUAAGAGAGAGAGAGAGACAGUGAGAGAGAAAGGGAGGGCUGGCCUAUCAUUAUAUAUGCUGAAAUCUAAGUUAAAGAUAAGGCCCGGAGGUAGAGGUAUUAGUAGAGCUUGUGACUGUUGGGAAGACAGCACAAGAAGAGAGAAGCUUUUCAUCAGAUGUUAUCCGUUGAAAACCUUCCACCAGAUCCCCCAUGUCAUCCGCAAGCACUGAUCAAAGAUAGUAGUGAUGAUGAGAAGGCCUCUCAAACUCCAUCCUUUCCAGAGGUAGUAGAUCUAUCAAAGCCACCCCUUCCCAAGUUCUCCAUAAGAGAUUAUGUUUUUACUUCACGGAGCAAGGAUAUCCAGACCAACUGGCCUUUUUCCCAGAAGAAUUUGCAACUUUGUUUGAAACAUGGCGUGAAGGAUCUGUUGCCACCAUUUCAAAGUCUUGAUGCUGCAAAGAACCAAUCCAUUAAGAGAUGUACUGUUGAAAAUGAAAACAAAAGCAAUCUUGAUAUUGCAGAAUCUUUUGGACAUGAUGAUCAUGUAGUAUUGGACUCGUCCAACAAUACCAUACUGAAGGAGAAGCUAGCAGAAGCUUGCACGGACACAACAACAACUUCAUGCAGGUCUGAAGGAGAAAAUGAUUUUCCAUCCACAACUACAAGCAUUUCUCAAUCUGAAAUAGAAGAGUCAGUUCCUACCAACAGGCAAUCAAGCCCACUGUUAAGAACUGGUACUUCAUUGGAAGCUGCCUCAGUUGAAGUUAAAGCUGUAAGUCUUCCUGUUGUUGUUGCCAACAAGAGAGAAAGCAAGACCCGACCCUCGGGUAAGAAGUGCAGAUUGGUAGUAAAAUUCAGCAGCCACUCCGAGAGAAGCUCAACUGAAGAUAUUGCUUCAAAUUGUACUGCUGUUUCAGAAACAAUGACUUCAAAAAUUUGCCCUGUUUGCAAAACCUUCUCAUCGUCUUCUAAUACCACCUUGAAUGCUCAUAUUGAUCAGUGCCUUUCCGGGGAGUCAACUCCUAAGUGGACUGUGGAUUCUAAUAAACUAACGAGGCACAGAAUUAAGCCAAGGAAGACCAAAUUGAUGGUGGAUAUAUAUACUACUGCCCAGCAUUGCACAUUAGAAGAUCUUGAUAGAAGAAAUGGUUCCAGCUGGGCCACUAGUGUUUCAAGCUUUCCUACUCAGGAUAAUGAGCACUCUGAGAUGCCUGUUGAAGAGAAAAGGCAAAGAGUGUCCUCAGCCCAUCCUGAUGAUAUCGAUGUUGGUGCAGUCUAUGUGGACGCCAAUGGCACCAAAGUUAGGAUUUUAUCCAAGUUUGAUGAUGCGCCAUCUCCAUCAGUGCCUAAAGUGGUAGAGCAUCUUCGACCAAGAAAACCUUUGAAACGGGGUAAAGGAAGCAAAUUCCUUUCAGCCAAAAAGCAAAAGCGCCAUGCAUCUAAACAUCACAAGUACCUUAAACUCGCUCCUCAAAGCAAAAACUUUUUCUCUUCCAAGGCUCAUUCUUCUCAGAUUCAUGGGAGUCAAGAAAGAUAUGGAGUGAAAGAAAGUUCCAAGGACGAGGGACAGCAAAUGGAGAAGCAGGCCAAUUCCUGCAAUCCUGGAGCUUUAAGACGAUGGGCUUGCUCCAAACGGACUGGUGUUGUAAAGAAGUUGAACAAGAAGCAUGUGUCUCAGAAUUUUUUGGUUGAGGGUGAUCAAAGAGGUUUAGAUAAUUGUCUUGUGGAGAGAAACCGUGCUAUAAAACCAAUGAAUUUUUCUGGAGAUCAAAAUUCUUCUCCAGAAAAAAGUGGGAGCACAGAGAAUGUAUAUUAUGAAGCUCAAGACAGUGACAAGAGUGACUGCUCUCCUGGGAGAAAGAGAGCAGGAAGUCCCUUUCCUGGUGCUGAUAUCAGUGAUAAUCCUGAGAGGUCCCUUCAGCGAAACUCCCAUCAGUUUAGUAAAGACAGAAAUUUUGCUCCUGAUAGUUGCAACCUGAACCUUACAAACCCUGACGGGAACUUUGCACCUUUGAGCAACAAUAAAGUUGGUUCUGCUGCAGGUCUAUCUGAAAAUUUUGAUAGUCCUCCAGAUGCUAGCACAAAACCAUCUAAGAGUCGUGAUGCCUCCAGAUCAAAUGCCAUGAAAUCCCCCUUACCAAAGAAAAAUGUGUUGUCUGUUGGCGGUGGGUUAUCUUUGACUGAAUCCAAUUCCAUUGUGGCUAAAAGCCCAGCUGUUAAGAAUCAAGUGCAUGAAAGGGUAGAAGUUGAUAAAGAGGUUGCUCCCCGGAAUUCUGAGCCUGAUCAACGGUAUGAUUUCAUGUAUAAUUGUGCUGGAAAGCGGUCUAGAAGACGAGAUAUUACUGACGAAAUAUCUAUUUGCAGAAACAGUGUGUUGCAAAGGAGACAAAAUAGAGGUUCCAUAAGUAUCUCUGGAAGGAAAGAAACCAUGGCCUUGAAGAGUUCACAAUUUGCAUCCGAGUGUUAUGGACAUGAUGGGAGGGAAAAGAUGGAUUCUUCUGUUAGAGUUGAUGGCUUGGGAGUCGCUCAGGAGGAUCAAAUCCUCGGUAAUGACAUUGUUACUGAAACGUUUACUGAAACGUCUUCCCUAAUAGGUGUUGGGGAGACUGUUGCUAGUUUUUGCAAUACAGUAGAUCCUGAACUUCACAUACCGAGUGGCCGUUUCAAAGCCAAAUCCGACUGUCAAAAAUAUAAGGGACCUUUUUCCGAAUCUGAAGCACUGGCAAGUCCAGCUGAUCCAAGAAUUAGUAACGAGCAAGAGAUGUUUUCUGCUGAUGAAGUGGAAGACGCCCCACUCGGGCAGAAUCUUAGUAAUGCCGACGAAAUGGACUCGGAAGUUGGCCAGGGAAGCUAUUUUCCUGAGGUUGAUCCAAUACCUAUUCCAGGGCCACCAGGAUCAUUUUUGCCAAGUCCUAGAGAUAUGGGGUCAGAUGAUUUUCAAGGGAACUCUUCACUAACCACGAGCCGAGUUCAAUCAUCUCAAGAUCAGCUUGAUUUUAUUGAUGGGGAUUCAUCAGAUUCACCUCUUUCUACAACGUCAACCAUCUCUAAUUCCACUGGGACAAAAUGUGAUCUGAAGUAUUCUGAACCAUUAUCAUCUAUAGGACCUCAAUCAGUUCAAGACAACAUCAGGUCGGGCCUAUCACAUGCAAUCAUUGAUCAUUGUGUAGAAAUUAAUGCUGCUGCAGCUCAACAGAUAACUGUUAUAGCAGCAGAAAAACUUGCUUUUGAUAGAGAGAACUUUAAAGUCAACAAGACAUCUCUUGAGAGGGGACCUCUCAGCUUCAAAGGUAACGAUCAACCUUGCUGUUGUCAAAGAAAGGAGAGAACCUUUCAGGGUGUGGCUUUAAAUUAUCAAGAAUCACCGCUAUUAAGGCGACGAGCAAUGGCACUGCCUGCCAUGGGAAAGCAAGUGGGUUGCAAUCCAAACACAAGAACCAACAAUGUGGAGACGAGGUCUGACAUGACAGACACCUUUCCGAAUGGUUUCCCAACUUCAAGAUCUGAACAGAUGGUUUUCCCUGUCACUAAGUCAUCUGCAGGUCCCAUUCCUUUGAAGGGUUCUCCAGAUAGCAAAGGGAAGUUAUCUGGUCACAGUGAUUGUGAUUCUGUUAGUCCAUCUGCUUCUAAUUCCAUACUCCGGCUGAUGGGAAAGAAUUUGAUGGUGGUCAAUAGAGAUGAAGAUGCAUCAGCUCCGCCGGUGCAGGCCCAAUCACAUGCCCCAAUUAACCAUCUAACUUCACAGUUUCCAACAUUCUCAGGAGUUGUUCCUGGCAAUCAAAAUCAGUUUUACCAUUCCUUCCAUCACAGUCUUCCUCAUGGUUCAGUUAUCUUUGGUCAAGAUCCCCAUAACAAAGUGGGGGAAUGCUUUGAUACAGCGCACUUCAACAGUUUUAGAAGCUAUAGCAAUCCGAAGACACCACAAGUGGUUGCACGAGGACCUGUGAGCUUGUUUUCACAGCAGCAUACGGAUGUUGGUUUUGUGGCAUCCAUGGAAUCUCAUGAGUAUAAAAGUGACUACAAUUUUCCAAUCCCACAGAACAAGAAUAUAAGCAAACCCAUUGGAGCACCCGCAUUUCAAAUGGAGAGAGUUAUGAACACUCCUGACCACCGACGCAAGAAUUCAGAUUCUGCUUCCAGUGCAAAUAAAGAGAUUAUCAUCAUUGAUGAUCCUGAAAGUGAACCAGAUUUGGCCUGUAAUGUUUCAAACUACUCAGAAGGGUCGAGGGAAGGCCAAGUAGUGUGUUCUGGCAUUCCAGUUCCAGCAGCUCCCAGUUAUAACUCACAGCGUGUGAAUCCUUUCUCUUGUUAUGAGUCACAGGACCCUUCUCUUCUCUGUGGAUCACCAGUUUUGUACAACACCGCCUUGCAUGCAAUUCCCUCCCGACGAGCCAAUGCAAGUCCUGCCCGGUGGAGUUGUACUUCAGAAGGUUCUGGUGUGCUGCAGCGGACUCCUAUUCUUGCGGCAUCGUCAUCUUCAAGAAGUCAUCUGAGACCUACAGUUUACAAUUCUCCGAGCUUCUCAUAGUAACCAAGUUGUGUUUGAAAGUGGCUAUUUUCACCUGGUUUUGAGCACAACCAGGUUUGCUUUAAUCAAACUCUGUACUGAUCCUAGAAUGCUCGUAGACAGAUCGCUGGAAACUUUUGGGGGAUAAAAGAAGAGGGAAUGGCGGUUGAUCAAAGAUAGAGAUGUACACUGUACCAAAUGUUGGUUCAAAACAAUGCAGUUUUUCAGGCUUCUGCUUAGGGAUGCUACCCAGAGAAUAGACAAUGUAUAAGGGAUCCAUGAAUAAUAUAUAGUUGACAUAAAAGCUUGGCUCAAAGUCAAUAUAUAUAGUCGAGCAUUGCUGUAAGGAAGGUUUUAUUUUGUAUUUUCCUCUUUUUUUAUUUUAUAGAAUUUUGUUAGAGCUACUUUCAUGUGUUUUUGCCUCAAUUAAAUGUGAAUUACAAGCAACACCAGCUCUAGU